CGGGGGGCGGGCGGGGGCCGGGCCGUGCCGAGCCCCGUACCGCGCUCCUGUCAGCCUCCUCGCCACCUCCGGGGCCGCGUUCAGUCCCCCCGCCCGCAUCAGCCCCCGGCUUCCCCAAGGAUCGCUGCCAUUUGCUUUGAUUUUAUUUUAAUUUUUUAUUAAUUUUUUUUUCACCUCGAAGGGGAGGAGUGCGGAACCCAGCUGGAAAAUGAACCAGAAUGUCUGAGAAAAUGUCCAGCUUUCUGUACAUCGGGGACAUCGUGUCCCUGUACGCGGAGGGCUCCGUCAAUGGGUUCAUCAGCACGCUGGGGUUAGUGGAUGACCGGUGUGUGGUCCAGCCAGAGGCAGGUGAUCUUGCUAAUCCUCCAAAGAAGUUCCGAGACUGCCUUUUCAAGGUGUGUCCUAUGAACAGAUAUUCAGCCCAGAAGCAGUACUGGAAAGCCAAGCAAGCCAAACAAGGAAACCAUACUGAAGCAGCUCUGCUGAAGAAACUUCAACAUGCAGCAGAGCUGGAACAAAAGCAGAAUGAAAGCGAGAAUAGAAAGCUGUUGGGCGAAAUUGUAAAAUACAGCAAUGUCAUCCAGCUACUGCACAUUAAAAGCAACAAAUACCUCACAGUCAACAAGAGAUUGCCAGCUCUGCUAGAGAAGAAUGCUAUGCGGGUGUCCCUGGAUGCUGCAGGGAAUGAGGGCUCUUGGUUUUAUAUCCAGCCCUUCUGGAAACUGAGAAGUGAAGGUGACAAUGUUGUGGUGGGAGAUAAAGUUGUUCUCAUGCCAGUCAAUGCAGGACAGCCUCUGCAUGCCAGCAACAUUGAGCUUCUAGACAACCCUGGCUGCAAAGAGGUAAAUGCUGUCAACUGUAACACAAGCUGGAAAAUAACCUUGUUCAUGAAAUUCAGUAGUUACCGAGAUGAUGUACUCAAAGGAGGAGAUGUUGUGAGGCUGUUUCAUGCAGAGCAAGAGAAGUUUCUGACCUGUGAUGAAUAUGAGAAGAAACAGCACAUUUUCCUCCGCACUACAUUACGUCAGUCAGCCACCUCUGCAACAAGUUCUAAAGCACUGUGGGAAAUAGAGGUUGUCCACCAUGACCCUUGCCGGGGAGGGGCAGGACAGUGGAAUAGCUUGUUUAGAUUUAAGCAUUUGGCAACUGGAAACUACUUGGCUGCAGAGCUUAACCCACACUACCCAGAAGGUAAUAAUGAAGGAAAAGCUUUGCAGAGAGAUGGCGACCUUCCUGCUUCAAAGAAGAAACGCCUGGCAGGGGAGAAGAUUAUGUAUACUUUGGUCUCUGUGCCACAUGGAAAUGACAUCGCAUCUCUCUUUGAACUGGAUGCCACCACCCUUCAGAGAGCUGAUUGCCUGGUUCCAAGGAACUCCUAUGUCCGACUGAGGCACUUGUGCACCAACACUUGGGUCACCAGCACCAGCAUACCGAUAGACACUGAGGAAGAGAGGCCUGUGAUGUUAAAGAUUGGGACGUGCCAAACCAAAGAGGACAAGGAAGCUUUUGCCAUUGUAUCGGUUCCUCUGUCUGAGGUCAGAGACUUGGACUUUGCCAAUGAUGCCAACAAGGUUUUAGCAUCAACUGUAAAAAAGCUGGAGAAUGGAACAAUAACCCAGAAUGAAAGGAGGUUUGUAACCAAGCUACUGGAAGAUCUCAUUUUCUUUGUUGCUGAUGUGCCCAAUAACGGGCAAGAAGUUUUGGAUGUGAUCAUUACCAAGCCAAAUCGGGAACGACAGAAAUUAAUGAGGGAGCAAAAUAUAUUGGCUCAGAUAUUUGGCAUCCUCAAAGCUCCUUUUAAGGACAAAGGUGAAGGAUCAAUGCUGAGACUUGAAGACCUGGGCGACCAGAGAUAUGCUCCCUACAAAUACAUGUUAAGAUUAUGUUAUAGAGUUCUAAGACACUCUCAACAGGACUAUAGGAAGAACCAGGAGUAUAUUGCUAAGAACUUCUGUGUCAUGCAGUCCCAGAUUGGUUAUGAUAUUCUGGCAGAAGACACCAUCACAGCUUUGUUGCACAACAACAGAAAACUGCUAGAGAAACACAUCACGGCUAAAGAAAUAGAGACGUUUGUCAAUUUACUCAGGAGAAAUCGAGAGCCAAGAUUCUUGGAUUAUCUGUCAGACCUGUGUGUAUCUAACACCACAGCAAUACCAGUAACUCAGGAACUCAUCUGCAAGUUUAUGCUGAGCCCAGGGAAUGCUGACAUUCUCAUCCAGACCAAGCUGGUUUCAACCCAAAUGGACAAUCCUCUGGAAUGCCCAGUCAUCUCGGAUGACAUUGAUGAAGAGGAAGUGUGGCUUUACUGGAUUGACAGCAACAAGGAGCCUCAUGGCAAAGCCAUCAGGCAUCUGGCUCAGGAGGCAAAGGAGGGCACAAAAGCUGAUUUAGAAGUUCUCACCUACUACAGGUACCAACUGAACCUCUUUGCAAGGAUGUGCCUGGACCGCCAGUAUCUUGCCAUCAACCAGAUUUCUGCCCAGCUGUCAGUGGACUUGAUCCUCAGGUGUAUGUCUGAUGAGAGCCUCCCCUAUGACCUGCGGGCUUCCUUUUGCCGUCUGAUGCUGCACAUGCAUGUGGACAGGGAUCCCCAGGAGUCUGUGGUGCCUGUCAAGUACGCCAGAUUGUGGACUGAAAUUCCUACCAAGAUCACCAUUCAUGAGUAUGAUUCCUUCACUGACUCUUCAAGGAAUGAAAUGAAGACAAAGUUUGCACUAACAAUGGAAUUUGUAGAAGAGUACUUGAAAGAAGUUGUGAAUCAGCCCUUUCCGUUUGGAGACAAAGAGAAAAACAAACUUACAUUUGAGGUGGUACAUCUGGCUCGAAACCUCAUAUACUUUGGCUUUUAUAGUUUUAGUGAGCUUCUCAGGCUAACCCGGACGCUGCUGGCAAUUCUAGAUAUUGUUCAAGUUCCCAUAUCAUCGUACUUCGAAAGGCUGAGCAAGUUUCAGGAUGGAGGGAACAACGUCAUGAGGACCAUCCAUGGGGUAGGAGAGAUGAUGACCCAAAUGGUGCUGAGCAGAGGGUCUGUAUUUCCCAUCAGUACCCCUGACAUACAGCCAAGCAUUCACCCAAGCAAGCAAGCCAGUACUGCAGACAGUGAAGAUGUGAUUGUAAUGGACACCAAAUUGAAAAUCAUUGAGAUUUUGCAGUUUAUUCUCAGUGUUAGACUGGACUACAGAAUAUCCUACAUGCUGUCUAUCUAUAAGAGAGAGUUUGGGGAAAACACUGAAAAUGUUGACUGCUCUACAUCAUCCCCACCUGACACACCAGGGACUGCCUCAGCAAUUGUUCCUGACAUAGAUGAAAUUGCGGCUCAGGCUGAAACCAUGUUUGCUGGCAGAAAGGAGAAGAAUGCAGUUCAGCUUGAUGAUGAAGGGGGCAGAACUUUUUUGCGGGUCCUCAUUCACCUUAUCAUGCAUGACUACCCCCCGUUGCUCUCAGGGGCUCUGCACCUGCUCUUCAAGCACUUCAGCCAGAGAGCAGAAGUUCUGCAAGCAUUCAAACAGGUUCAGUUGCUGGUGUCCAAUCAAGAUGUAGAUAACUACAAGCAAAUCAAGGCUGAUCUUGACCAGUUACGUCUGACUGUAGAAAAAUCUGAAUUGUGGGUUGAGAAGAGCAGCAAUUAUGAGAGUGGAGAGGUGGGCGACAAUCAAACCAAAGGGGGAGAAGAGCCAAUGGAGGAAUCAAACAUUUUGAGCCCAAUACAGGAUGGGACCAAAAAACCCCAGAUAGACAGUAUUAAAAGCAAUAACUACAAUAUUGUUAAAGAGAUUUUGAUUCGACUCAGCAAACUUUGUGUUCAGAAUAAAAAAUGUCGGAAUCAACAGCAGCGUUUACUGAAAAAUAUGGGCGCCCACUUGGUGGUCUUGGACCUUCUGCAGAUCCCCUAUGAAAAGAGUGAUGAAAAGAUGAAUGAAGUUAUGAAUCUAGCCCACACUUUUCUUCAGAAUUUCUGUCGAGGAAAUCCUCAGAAUCAAGUUCUCCUCCACAAAAAUCUCAACUUGUUCUUAACUCCAGGGCUCCUGGAAGCUGAGACCAUGAGGCACAUCUUCAUGAAUAAUUACCUCCUGUGCAACGAGAUCAGCGAGAGGGUGGUGCAGCACUUUGUGCACUGCAUUGAGACCCACGGCCGGCACGUGGAGUACCUGCGAUUCCUGCAGACCAUUGUGAAAGCAGAUGGCAAAUACGUGAAAAAGUGCCAGGACAUGGUAAUGACAGAGCUGAUAAAUGGCGGUGAAGAUGUGCUGAUAUUCUACAAUGACAGAGCAUCCUUCCCAGUGCUUCUCCAGAUGAUGUGUUCGGAGCGAGACCGAGCCGACGAGAGCGGGCCCUUGGCCUAUCACAUCACUCUGGUGGAGCUGCUGGCUGCCUGCACCGAGGGCAAGAAUGUGUACACAGAGAUCAAGUGCAAUUCACUGCUGCCCCUGGAUGAUAUUGUGAGGGUAGUGACCCAUGAUGACUGCAUCCCUGAGGUGAAAAUUGCUUAUGUUAAUUUUGUUAACCACUGUUACGUGGACACUGAAGUGGAAAUGAAAGAAAUCUAUGCUAGUAACCAUAUCUGGAAACUUUUUGAGAAUUUUCUUGUUGAUAUGGCAAGGGUUUGUAACACAACCACAGAUCGUAAACAUGCAGACACAUCUCUGGAGAAAUAUGUCACUGAGCCUGUCAUGAGCAUUGUGAGUGGCUUCUUCAAUUCACCAUUUUCAGAUAACAGCACCAGCCUCCAGACACACCAGCCUGUUUUUAUUCAGCUGCUGCAGUCUGCUUUUAGAAUUUACAACUGUACCUGGCCAAACCCAACACAGAAAGCCUCAGUGGAGUCCUGUAUCAAGACUUUGGCUGAAGUGGCAAAGAACCGUGGGAUUGCGAUUCCAGUGGAUUUGGACAGCCAGGUGAACACCUUAUUCAUGAAGAGUCACUCCAACAUGGUGCAGAGGGCAGCCAUGGGCUGGAGGAUGUCAGCCCGCAGUGGACCUCGCUUCAAAGAAGCUCUUGGUGGGCCAGCAUGGGAUUACAGGAAUAUCAUAGAGAAACUACAGGACGUGGUGUCCUCCUUGGAGCAGCAGUUCACGCCUAUGAUGCAAGCUGAGUUCUCAGUGCUGGUUGAUGUGCUGCACAGCCCAGAGCUCCUGUUCCCUGAGGGCAGUGAUGCCAGAAUAAGAUGCGGCGCUUUCAUGUCCAAGUUGAUUAAUCAUACAAAGAAGCUAAUGGAGAAAGAAGAAAAGCUCUGCAUUAAAAUCCUUCAAACUUUGCGAGAAAUGCUUGACAAGAAAACCAAUUUUGCAGAAGAGGGCAACACUUUAAGGAAAAUCCUCCUGUAUCGGUACUUUAAAGGGGAAUAUGGAAGUGGUAUGAAUGGGCCCCUGUCUGCCAGCUACAGCAAAACUGCACAAGUGGGAGGUGGAUUUUCAGGACAAGAUGCAGAUAAGUCUGGGGUGACCAUGUUUGAUAUCCAGUGCCUCCUGGACAAAGAAGGUGCCUCAGAACUGGUCAUAGAUGUGAUAGUGAACACCAGAAAUGACAGGAUUUUCUCUGAGGGCAUUCUGCUUGGUAUUGCGCUGCUUGAAGGUGGAAAUACACAAACACAGUAUUCGACUUACCAGCAACUAAAGGAGCAGAAAAAGUCAGAGAGGUUCUUUAAAGUGCUGUAUGAUCGCAUGAAAGCUGCUCAGCAGGAGAUCCGAUCCACAGUGACAGUGAACACUAUUGAUUUGGGGAGCAAAAAGAAGGAGGAUGACAGCGACCUCUCCAUAUCUGUUCCCAAAAAGAGAGUUAAGGAUUCAACUAUGCAUCUGAAAGAGGGAAUGAAAGGACAGUUAACAGAAGCGUCUUCUGCAACCUCCAAGGCUUACUCUGUGUACAGAAGAGAAAUGGACCCAGAAAUAGAUCUGAUGGGCUCAGGAGCAGAUGCUGCAAAUGCAGAAGAGAAGUCUGCAGAAGAAGCAAUCAUGAGCCCUGCCAUUGCAAUCAUGCAGCCAAUACUGAGAUUUCUUCAGCUGCUGUGUGAGAACCACAACCGAGAGCUCCAGAAUUUCUUAAGAUAUCAAAACAAUAAAACAAAUUACAACCUCGUUUGUGAGACCCUUCAGUUUUUGGACUGCAUCUGCGGGAGCACCACAGGUGGGCUGGGCUUACUGGGGCUUUACAUCAAUGAGAGGAACGUGGCUCUUGUCAACCAGACGCUGGAAAGCUUGACGGAAUAUUGCCAGGGCCCGUGCCAUGAAAACCAGACAUGCAUAGCCACCCAUGAGUCUAAUGGGAUUGAUAUUAUAAUUGCUCUCAUCUUGAACGACAUAAACCCUCUUGGCAAAUACUGCAUGGACUUGGUGCUUCAGCUCAAGAACAAUGCCUCCAAGCUUUUGCUGGCUAUUAUGGAAAGCAGGCAAGACAGUGAGAAUGCGGAAAGAAUCCUUUUCAACAUGAGACCAAGGGAACUGGUGGAUGUGAUGAAGAAUGCCUACAACCAAGGUCUGGAAUGUGACCACGAGGAGGAGAAUGGAGAUGAUGGCAUCUCCCCAAAAGAUGUUGGCCAUAAUAUCUAUAUUUUGGCACAUCAGUUGGCUUGUCACAAUAAAACAUUGCAACAGAUGCUGAAGCCAGGGUCAGAUCCAGAUGAAGGAGAUGAAGCCUUGAGGUUUUAUGCCAAACAUACGGCACAGAUAGAGAUUGUUCGCCACGAUAGAACAAUGGAAAAGAUUGUCUUUCCUGUCCCCAAUAUUUGUGAAUUCCUCACUCGGGAAUCCAAAAGUCGGGUGUUCAAUACAACAGAGAGAGAUGAACAAGGAAGCAAAGUCAAUGACUUUUUCCAGCAGACUGAGGAUCUGUACAAUGAGAUGAAAUGGCAAAAGAAAAUUAGAAAUAAUCCAGCCCUCUUUUGGUUCUCCAGACACAUCUCUCUCUGGGGGAGCAUUUCCUUCAACCUUGCUGUAUUCAUCAAUUUAGCAGUUGCUCUGUUCUACCCUUUUGGAGAUGAUGGAGAUGAAGGCACGCUCUCACCAUUGUUUUCCGUGCUCCUCUGGAUAGCAGUGGCGUUUUGCACAGCAAUGCUGUUUUUCAUCUCCAAGCCUGUUGGCAUUCGACCCUUUUUGGUGUCCGUUAUUCUCAGGUCAAUAUAUACUAUAGGGCUCGGUCCUACCUUGAUACUCCUUGGUGCUGCUAAUCUCUGUAACAAAAUUGUGUUCCUGGUGAGCUUUGUUGGGAACCGUGGGACCUUCACCCGUGGCUACAGAGCGGUCAUCAUGGACAUGGCUUUUCUCUACCACGUGGCUUAUGUCCUUGUCUGCAUGCUGGGCCUCUGUGUGCACGAGUUCUUCUACAGCUUCCUGCUGUUUGAUCUGGUGUACAGGGAGGAGACAUUGCUAAAUGUGAUAAAAAGUGUUACCCGGAAUGGCCGUUCAAUUAUCCUCACUGCAGUGCUUGCUCUCAUCCUGGUUUAUCUCUUCUCCAUCAUUGGCUUCCUCUUCCUGAAAGAUGACUUUAUCAUGGAGGUUGACAGGUUGAAAAUCAAGACCCCUGCUGCAGGUAUUGGUAAAGUUCCCACUACAACCCUGACAUCAAUGAUGGGAGCCUGUGCAAAGGAGAACUGUUCCACAAGCAUCCCAGCUCUUAACCCAGGUGAAGAAGAGGAGGAUGGAAUAGAAAGGACCUGCGACACCCUGCUCAUGUGCAUUGUGACCGUGUUAAACCAAGGCCUGAGGAAUGGUGGUGGUGUGGGAGACGUGCUCAGAAAGCCUUCCAAAGAUGAGCCCUUGUUUGCUGCACGAGUUGUUUAUGAUCUUCUGUUUUACUUCAUUGUCAUAAUUAUCGUUCUCAACCUGAUCUUUGGAGUCAUCAUUGAUACAUUUGCUGAUCUCAGAAGUGAAAAGCAGAAAAAGGAGGAGAUACUAAAGACCACCUGUUUCAUCUGUGGACUGGAGAGAGACAAAUUUGAUAACAAGACCGUUUCGUUUGAGGAGCAUAUAAAGGCAGAACACAACAUGUGGCAUUAUUUGUACUUUAUAGUUCUUGUCAAAGUUAAAGAUCCAACUGAAUACACUGGCCCGGAGAGCUACGUGGCACAAAUGAUUGUGAAAAAAGCAUCAAGCAUAAAAUGUAUUCUAAAGCAACAUGCAGUUUAUACACCUCAAGCUUUAUGGAGAUGUUGGUGGGAAUAAAGCACGUCAGCUCUUCCAGUGCUGCCCUUUCUUCUUGUACACUAUCUUUUAUCAGUUAUUGGGUGAAAUAUUAAUGAAUAUUAAAGCAGGGCAGUAGGUUUUAUUAUUUGUUUGCUCUCCAGGCCUCUUUUAUGAAGUCAGACAGGUAUUCUACAAUUUCCAAAGAGACAGAAACUUUGAAAAGCUGGCUGCAUGCCUUGUGUUUGCACUGAGAACCUGCAUGAAUUGAUUCCCUAUUAAACUUUCAUUCCUGUAGAAAAACCCUGUUUAUCUGACCUAUUUGACCAGAAACACCAUCCCUAGCAAACCCAGAGAUGCACAUAACUUGUAUUACGUUGAUACAGCAAUCUUUAAAUAUUCCUUGUGUCCAUUUGUCAGAGGAGACAGUUUAGUGUGGUAACUGAACCAAUGAAGGUUAAUGUCCAAACUUUUAUACUUCUCUUUUCAGAGGUGUAAUUUGUACACACAUAUUUCACCCAAGCCUUGGUAGCUGUAAAUAGAUAUAUGGAGGUGAAAAAAAGAGGACAUGAUUAGUUACUGAAUUUUUUGCAGCUCAACAGAGAUAUGAAUUAGCCUAUGAUUUGCACCUCCAUUCAUUUGCAAACAUAAAAGGCUAUUGGCUUAGCAGUUCAAUUAGUUAUUUUUCCCUUUGAAAGAAUGAAAGACUUCAGCAAACGAAGCCCUGAAACUUUCAUUCUCACGUGCUCUAUCCACAGUUCUCAGCAAGUUUUGUAAUGGCUUUUAUCAGCAUUAGUGCUACCUGUCAUAACUACAUAAUUACAGCACCUAAUUAUAUUAUUACUUAUUUACCCUAGUUAUGUAAUUGGAUGUAAUUGUGCAAUUAUGUAACUCCUCAGUCAGCUGAAAAAUGCUCUAAAACCAGCCUAUGCGCCUAAGAGUAAAGGAUACUGCAGUGAAUUGGACAUCUCUUCAAAAGCAAGGCAAUCUUUGCUGGGAAAUUACAGGUUCCUUUCUCCAUUAUGGUCAUUGAGACCAUGAACCUUUUAUUCCCAUCAAUGUGGCAGGGAGGAAGCAGUACAGAUAGGCUGAGCAACACCAGUCUGAAAUUCUGAACAAUUGUCUUCUGAUUCAGUUUUUUUAAAAGCACUUAUGUCACACAGCAAUGACCUGGCAUUGGCCACGUGACAAAAUAUUUUAACUGUUUUAUUUUAAAUAUUUUGGAGGGGUCAGCUUUUUUUCAUUAUUAUUUUUCUUUUAAAUUGUUGAAUAAAAGAAAUAUUUAACCAUGUCAUGAGGAAAAAUGCAUUCCCCUUUUGAAACAUUCUGAUUGUUUGGUUUGCUGUUUUUAAAUACUGAAGUUUUGAAAAUUCAGCUGAAUUUAGUGCUUCUUUGAGCUGGUGUUGUUGUUUCUGUUCUUCCUAUCUCCAAGCUCAUGGUUUUGCCUUCUUUUUCUAUUAGAUACCCAGAAGUGGGUGUUAGAUUGAAAAGCAGCGCUGGGAAUAAUGCCAAAUGAGCCAUUGAGAAGCCUCACAAUAGUUGUCAUUCUGCCCAUGCUGUGUGCUGGGCAGCGCCAGCCCUUUUCCCUCAGCACCCUCCUCUCUCCUACCUCGCUGCUCUGCCUUUUGCCGUGUUCCCACCUCGGGAGGGGAGGUGUGAUGUGAGCCAUGGCAGCUCCUGGCUGCUCCUAGGGGUCAGGUCGUGGCCAGAGUUGCUCCAUGAGGCUGUGCCCCCCCCCGGUACAGGAGCAGGGCGAGGGGACAAGCUCCCUCCUGGAGCCAGGGCUGCUUGCGUACAGCCCCUGGCACACCUUGCAAAGGGGAUUUUCUUCAUCUUAGCCAGCCCCAGCAGAUGUGGCCGAGUGUCAAAACAGCCAAGGUGUGAGCCAAGAGCACCUACAGAACCCAACAGCUGUGGGUCAGGAGGCUGCCUGUCCAUCCCCUCACACCCUGGGGGAGGUUGCUCCAGGGUUGCUCCGUGAGCAAAAGGCAUUUCACCGAUGCCAGACCAUGGUGUGCUCCCCUGAUGUCUGACAGACUCAGUGGCCAUCCCCGAGCAAGCCACGUGGAGCUUCUAGGGGAGGCAGCUCCAAGGGAAAUUCAGGCAAGAGAGGCGGAGACAGUGAAAAAGUGCUGUACAGAAAGGGGAAGGGCAUGCUGACAGCAUGGGGGUUUGUGGAACAAGCUGUUCUUUACUGCUGUCGAUUUUUGUCAAAGAAUGUAAUAAAAUUAUAUGUACUAAGAGGGCUGUUGACCUCUGCUCUUAAAAUAAAGCUUCUUUGCAGAAAGAAGAAAAAAAGUUCUGACAUCCAAAAUUCUUCUAUUGUGUUAUCCAUCACCCUUUUGAAUUUUGGAGGUAAAAUUUUCUCUGCUAGUUCUGUAGAUAUUACAUUCACGGAUCACAAAACACCGUAUGGGUAGAGAGAAUGACCUAAAGCAGGGAAAUGUCAAUCCAAAGUAGCAUGAAUGCUGCAGAAUGGGCACUUGGGAUCUUGGGAAGACACUUCCUGUGCUUUUCACAUGCACUUUGGUGAUUUCAUCCCAGACAACUCCAGGAGUUUCCUCCUCCAGAUGUCCACCAGACCCUUCUGCCGCAGUGAGAGCAGGGGGGGGAGGACCAGGGACAUGUUUGUUCACUCCUGAGCUGCUGCAGUUCACAGCCUAGAGUACUAAUGUGAAAAUUGAUGGCCACUGAAGUCAUGCCAGUCUGAACUGCACUAGUUGAGGAGAGGACACGGCUCUGGUUCUGCUGCCUCUGGAUAGGUGGGAUAAUAUCAGCAGGGAGAAAGGGCACCAGCUAUUUGGAGGGACCCCUUCAGCUGCUGCAGCUGAAUCUGACAGGGAUGGUGAGCUGCUGCUCUUAAACUGGUUCAUUAUAAAUAAACUGGUUUUUUUAAGGCUUCUUCAUUAUCAUUAAUUCCAGUUCAGCAUGAACUUUCUGAUCUGACAACUCACAGGCUUGAAAACCCUUACAGGACUUGGGCACAGAAAUGUUGUGCUGGAGUGGAGCAUGGAGUUUAUAGCUUUUGGGAAGUUAAUAAUGCUCCCAUUGUUAGGGCUGGGUUAUUUUACUUUUUAAGACUGGCUUUGCUCCAAAAACUAGUAGAUUUUAUCUAAGGGAAACUUGCAAGUAUGAGAUGUAUGUACAUAUCAUUAAGCAAUGCAACUUUUUCUUAAUUACUUUUAAAAGGCUGAUAUGAUGCAUGUCACGUUAUGAGUAAUUACUUACCAUGGCAGUAACACCAAGAGCGCAAAAGCCAGCUGCUAAAUAAGAUCUGAGGUCUCUGACAAGGGCUUAUUUCCUAGGAAAUGCAGUGUUGGUUUUGUCUGCAGUUGGGUUUUCAUAAAAUAAGCAAUUAAAGAAAUACACCUAAAUAGAUGAUUUACAGCUCCCAUUUUUCUGUUGUGCUCAAAAUUGGAGAGCAAGUGAGAAUGGAACUCUGUUUCCUUCCACUUGGGCAUGGGCCCUGUGGGGAGUCCAGGGCUUUGGAUUAGGUGCAUCAGGUCCCAGAGAAAAUCUUUCUUCUGCAUCAAGGCCUGCCCCAAAUCCACAGAGGACCUCAGAGUUGAUUACUAUUGAGUGAUACAGUCACUAAAAUUGAGCCACCCUCAGAUAUCCGAGUAUUAGCCAGGUUUUACAUGGACAGGAUAAAUUGAGGCACUGUUCUUUCUGCCGCUAGGUAUUGAGUUAUUUUUCUAUUGUUGCUUUUCUUGUUCCUCAAAAAUAAAUCUCAUUUCUGUGGGAAGACCACUGCUAUUUUUGCUUCUCUGUACAAUUUGCCUCUAUGCUAUUAUCUCAUUAAAUUGCUGAACACCUCCCUCUCCACUUCAUAAAAUAAGCAAUCACAGUAACAUGCCUAAUUAGCUGCUUUCUUGCUCAUUUGUGUUUCUCCAAGCAUGAAGUUAACAUCACGUGAGGACUUUGCAUCUUUGCGCAAAGCUCCUGUUCUUCAAAAGAGCUGAGCAUCUUCUUUUAUACUUGAAGGAUUCUGCAUCUUCCAGCAAUGGGCUCUUUGGCCUGCCAUAAAUAAUUUAAUUGGCCUGCUUGGCUCAGUGAUGCAUGAGACAUGGGUAAAUAAAGGAAAAGGUGGGCUUCAUUUGGUCCCUCCUUGCAAAAGCUUGAGGUUUCAGUGAGUUUAUGUUUAACACAUCCUUUUCAGACAGGCAAAAUUAAUUAUCCUGCUGCUGCUUGAACAGGAAGCCAUGGAUCUGAUCCUGCCUCCUUAGAAAUGAUGUCAUCUCCUGGAGCGGGAGAGAGCUUGGUGUCCAGGGCGGUGCUGCAGCACAGGCAGGUUUUCUGUGUGCAGUGAGGGGAUGGUGAUGACCUUUGUCCCCCAACUGAUUUGGGGAGGGAAUGGCCAUGGCACAGAACCCUUGUCUCUGCUCAGCCCCUCACAUUUUUGUUAACUUCUAAAGCACCAACACAAUCCUGUCCAUUUCCUUCUUUCCUUUAAAAUCACUUCUAUGGACACAGCUGUGAUAUAAUUUCAAGUUAACAGAGCAGAGCAUAAAACUCCUCAAAAGUAUAUUCAUUGAUAUUUGGGCUUUUUUUCCCCCUGAGAUCCAGAAUCAGCAGUUUGAUGCUACCCAGACCUAGUCUUUUUGGCCCCUGUGAUAUUGUGGCUCACUUUUAAGCUUAGCUUGAUUUCAAGAUUUGGCCACCUGUCUGUUUAGGCUUCAAAGAUUUUGCGGCAAAGAUGGGUUCUGCCUUGAUAAUACAGUCUAGUCACAGCCUCCUUGUCCUCCUUCCAACUUUUACUUGUUAAAUUUGCAAAUUAAAAUAAAUGAGCUGAGUUGGGUUCCUGUUCAUUUGCUUGCUGCUGGCCUUAAAAAUUCAAGGAAGGGUCUGGACAUGAGGCUGUGUUCCUUGAAACUUGCACAUCCCCAGGAGCAGGGAGGGGAGGUGUUCCAGCUGGAGCGCCCCGAGCAGAGCAGUGCUGCUGGCAGGACACGGGCUGCAGUUCCCUGCUGGAAUCCACCCUCGCCUCAACCUGCCAGAGACUGGAGCUGUUAACUUUCCAGGCAGCCUGCAAAAGCCAUCUUUUAUCCCUUUGUUAAAGAAGCCUGUGGCUUGAGAUGGAUCUGUGUGUGGGCAGACCUUUAGUCUGUGAUUCCAAGUGGUGGAAAGGCUUUCCAAGGCACUGCAUAGGCACCUACUGUUGCGCUUAAAAUCCUGGCAGUGACAGAGCCCUGAUUCUCCUGGGACUGGCAGCACAGGGCUUUGCCAGUGAAAGCUGGACCUUAACUGGGAUCACUGUUAGUGAUAAGAAGUUGAACCCCAGAGGAAUAGUGUGAUGAGCAGAUCUUGAAACGUGUCAACUGAAUUAAUUUGAUUUUGCUCAAUGGGAGAAGCAACAGACACAAAACACUUCAGUGCUAUUUGAGAAUAUUAUUGCAACAUUUGAAAACAAUUACUGGUCUUUGUAUUACAGUGGUACUGAGCCUCUGGCUGCUUGAAUGGGAAAGAGACUGAAAAAUUGUCUAUGGCCAAGACAGAUAACUGCAGAUGCUGAGGAAGGGAAGGACAGCGGGGUUCCCCAAAGACAUGAGGGCAGUCAGUAAAAGAACAGAGAGGUGAAUAUAUUGCCUUGCUAGGAACUACAUUUAAAAGUAAAUAGGCCUGAAGUUGUUGGGACUCAAAACAUAGCAGUGAGAUUCUGCAAGAUGCAAACCAGGGAAAGGCUACAGAAAAAAUUCAGUUCUGCUUCUGACCUCUCACAAUGCAGAGGCAGCAAGAUUUGAGGGGAUUUAGUACAACAUUGGCUUGAGCUUGAUUUACAAGGUGCUGCAGAUAUGAUGAAGUUACUUGUUUGCUGAAUCCAUCAUGGAAGGAAAAAUUCACUGGCCCAUAUUACUCUGCAUGGAUAAGUUUCUGAAUUUGUGUAACUUUGGUCUCAUUGUGCUAUUUAUCUUUUGGGAUCAGCUUUAUGAGAUUUGUGUCAGGCUUUUCUAUUUGGUUGCAAGGCUGCUUUGCAGAGUCUUCUCUCUUGUUUGUAUGGUGGAUGUGUGUAUGAUAAAAAGCUAAGAUUGCAUCAUCUUUAAUAAAAGCAAAGAUGUAUAGCCUAAAGAAAUCAGAUUAGUUGUAGAGAAAGAAAUCAAUCAGGUUGGCAAAUUGCUUCUGUGGGACAAGGUGCAAAAUGUUUGUUUCAUACAGUAUUUAUUGAACAAAUUUGUUGAGAAGAUGGUUAAAAAUGCUCUACAAGAAAAAAAAGAUGAACCAUUUUGUUCAAUUUAAAUGGCAUUGAUGUAUUUUUUACAUCAUGAAUUCUUGCAAUAUUACCAACAACAAUCCCUGAUAAAGUACUUUGCACAAUUGCCUCACAGGGCAUUUUGAGAUAAAAGUAUAUAUCGGAGAUUGUAAAGUGGCUGCAUCCAAUUUAUAUAUAAUGGAACCCACUACAGCCAUCCUCCAAAAUUCAAUAGAUCGGGAAUCACAUUACACUUCUGUGAGUUUGGGGUAGUAGGAGCUCUAAAGAGCCUCCAAAACAAACAGGCAGCUUUAAAUCAUAUUUAAUGAACCCUGUGUAUUUUAUGCACAUGUGAUUACAAUGUUUUGUUUCUGUUUUUCAUUUUGCUGGUGAUGGGGAAGGAAAAUCCUAAGUUCAGGCCUGUGAAACUGAUCAUCUGCUUGUUCUCAAGCAAAAAUUCAGUUUAACUGGACACAGCAAACCAUUUAAAAUGCUGAAAAAAAAAAACAAAACUGAAAAAAAACCAAAAAAGAAAAAGCAGAUCUGUACAGAGAAUCCAUAAUAUUUCCUAGCAAAAGCACUAAAUGAAAAUGCAGUAUGGGCAGAUAAAGGGUCAUGCAGUACCAUGGUGGUUUUUCUUUUAUUCAUCUAUGCCUGCAGCCUUGAAAACAACCCACAGUAGACACAAACCUGAACAAGUAGACGGCCCAGUUUUGCUGUUUCCCACAUAUUUCCUGAAGGGAAUAAAAGCACAAGUGGAUAGGUGGCACCUUGUGUGCUGCAGCCAGACCUGCCAUGAGGCCAAUCCUUGGCCAUUGUGCCUGCAUGGGCAAGGAGCUGUUCUUGCUGUGCAGAGGAAGCCACUGACAAGCAUUUGAGCAGAGCAAGGGAUCAGAGAGCAGGUUGAUAGUGUUCAAGCCCAUAGGGCUGGAAGGUGGCCAUUGCUUGGUGUUGUUUUCUCAAGAGAUGCUUCAUAGAGGAACUUAGAUCUUAAUCCUCUCCUCUGAGUGGUACUCAAGUAUGUGCAUUUAUGAUCUUCCAGGUCUUUUCCAACCUUAAUGUUUCCAUGAUUUUGUGCAUGAUUGUAUCAUUGCUUAAAAAUCUCUUCUGUGUGGUGGUAGUCAAUAAUUCUUAUUAUAUUUCAAAGAAAGUGUUAUUCUUUCAGUUGUCCUUUCAUACUGCCCCAUGUGCAAAAUACAUCAGAAUGAAAAUGGGCCUGAAGCAGGAACAUUCAGAUCAGGACUCAAAAUGCCUCUGCUCUGGCAGCAUCCUAAACCAGAACAAUUGCACUGCCAUCAGCAGAGCUCUGCCUGUGUAAAGCUGAGAACAAGGUCAAGUCCUGAGCCUCUGAAAAACGAGUCUCCAGCUGAGUCUUUGUAUUUCCCAAAUAUUCCGUUGCACCAAAUUGAAGCUAAAGCCAGGAAAUGGACAGUACUUGCAAAACACAAGGUGACAGGACCAGAAAAUUAAAGUUAAAUGUGAAAAAAUCCCCAAAACAUAAAUUUCAGCACAAAUGCUCCCGAAUCCUGUGCUUCAAAAGCUAGGAAGCAGAGGUCAUGGCUUGGAGUUUACCAUGGAGUUAGACCUUGAUCCAUUGGGUCAAACCAGGCAUAUUGACAAAAGCAGGUCCAAAUUUGUGGUGUCCUCACCAGCUGGUUGGUCCAUAUGUGUCUAAGGAGGAGACAUCAUCUGUGGCCUGGUACUGCAGGGGAUGUUUACAUUGCAGUGGGAUUGAUGCCACUGGCUUUUGUCUAGAGAUCAGCAUCUGGAGUGUGCUGCUGGUGUGUUUUGUGAAGGAAAAUCAAUAUUAAAAGAGGAUUGGGAGAAGGGGGGCUCCAGCUUGCUGGUGCAAGCAGUGUGGGAGUGGAAAAGACAAGGGGCCAGAGAGGCAUCGGAAUUCUGGUCACUCUAAACAAAGCCAACGGGAAGCAGCGACGCUGCUGCCGGGCUCGGCGGGGUCCUGGCCCACAAACCAAGCAUGAACUCACUGAAAUGUUGUGGGGAGCAGCAGGGGAAGCAGAGGAGGGAGGAGCAGGUUAGAGUUGGAAGCAUUUUGGUGGCGGAGCUGAGGCUGCACGGGCAGCUCAGCCCCUCUGCUGUGCUAGGACUGCCCCAGUGGCACUGGGAGAGCUGAGCCUGUGGGGUUCCACAGCAGCACCCCGGGCACACCCAGCUGGGAGGGCACAGACAGAGACCUGCCACAUUCCCCUGCACACAGGCUGUCCUGGCAUUGUGCUGAGCUUCCCACACCAAGACAGCUGGAGCUGAGCCAGUGCCUCCCAGGCUGCCAUUACAAGGUCCUUUCUUUAAGGACAUGUGCGCUUAAUGUCAGAAUAUUGAAACCAUACCCACGUGAACAAAGUUAGUAAGCCAGUGAUUCAUUGCUGUUUCAAACCUCUAUCUAGCCACAGUAAAUUUCUGCUCAGUAGUGACAGUCUGUGUCCACAUGCAGGCUAUGAUUUACAGUUCUGUGUUUUGUAUCAACAACAUCUGUUUAACAAAAGAUGAAAAAAAAAGCCAAGAACAUUUUUCUAACCUCUGUACCAGAUGUUUCGUUAUGCACAAGAUCCAGGGAUUAUAUCAGAAAUAAUUAAUUAUUUUAAAUAAAUGAUCUGAAGUGUUUUUCCUAAAGUAUGUCUCAUAACCACUAACAACAUGAAAACAUAGGAAUGUGGAAAAAUAAACUCAUGUUUUACACAAAUUUAUAAUUGUAUGUAUUUUAAGGGCGCAGAUAUUAUGGACCAUAUCCUAGCUUUUGAUGGUAGUGUUGGGAUUCUUGAAUAUUUGCACAGGACAGUAUCAAUUAUCAGGGUUAUGAGAAAGAUAAAAUGGCAGAGAGCAAUUGAUACAGCAGAAGAAAGCAACAGCUCAGAAAUGUGCCAUGGGGAAGGGACGACACCAGAAGCAAAGGUGUCUUCAAGGAGAGCAGUGCUGGGGUGGGACACAAGCUGGGGCUCUCCAAGCACGCUGGAGCUGUGCCCUGGCUCUCUCGUGAUCCCCUGUGGUCCCUGCACACCUGCAGAUCCCUGGGUCUUACCUGGACAGUGGCUGGAAUGUGCCAUCUCAGAGACAAAGCUGCUUAAUUUGGUUUCUGCUUGCCACCUUCCAAGGCAGAGUUACUGAAAUGGGAUCUCUCCCUUUGUGGCUGCUGCAGCCGGGGUCAGGGUGGCCUUUUCCUGUCCAGGGACAGGCUGUGACUCACAGAACUGCUGUCAGCACGUGGCUUGCCCACAACAGCAGUGUGAGAGCACAUUCAAACUUAUGGAAAAAAAUUACUUUCAUUAUUAUUUCCAUCUUUUGGAGGUAAAUGCAAAGUCCCUUAGGUGUGUUUGAUAAGCAGAAAUAUUUUGGUGCUUGUUCUUUACAGAGCUUAAAUUUGAGUGUCUAAACUGCCCCAGAGGGCGUCAGAGAAAAUUCUUUGCAAUUUGGGGUUUAUUAUCAUUCCUCACCAUAAUUUUUGCAGGGGUAUCAUAAGUGGGAAUGCUGAUACAGAAACACUGAGACAUUUAUAACUGCCUGGCCUGGAUAUCAGUCUUGAAGAACUCCCAAUUACUCAGAAUUACAGUGAUAGAUUCUGGUGUAGCCCUCAAAAACAUUCAGCCAAGUUAAAAUGGAAGUAAAUGCAUCAAUGACACUGCUAAAGCAGACUGUGGGUAUGUGUUGUGGUUUCAACCUUCUUUCAGGGGGUAACAGGUUUUUCUGUUUUUCUGUGAGCUGUGGGAACUGUAGCACAUAUCAAUCCAGUGCAGACCCAGCCAAACCUAUUAGUUCUCUUGUUACAUAAAGAUUUAUCUGUAAUUGUCAAGGUUUAUUUUUAUUUUCUUUGAAUUACUGUUCUGGAUGCAUAUAGAUGCAUAACAAUUCCUAAUUUCCCUCUCUAUAUUCUUGUACAGCACAGAUUGCUUAUCAAAAUACAGUCUUAACGUUAAAGUGUCAAACAGGAUUUGCAGAAAGCUAUUUAGGUUUGUAGUUUAGGAUGAACAUUUAUCAAAUUGUGGAUUAGCUGAAUCAUGCACUGAACCAAAUUAUUAUUGUCUGUGAUUAAAUCACAAAGUGGUUAUUGCCCUGUGUCAUCUAAAGCACACAAUAGCUUAAAUCUUGAAAAUCCCUUUUUAAGGUGGCUAUAGGAGCUACAUAACGCUGGACUUUUAGGACCAGACUCUGUCCCUAGACAAAAAAAAAAAAAAAGCUUUCAAAAGGUCAUUUGGACUGAUCUCUCUCUGCUUAUAUGGGCAGCACACUAGGAAGAGAAUGGAUGGAUUUAUUUGCAUUUCAGACAUACAGAAUUGUUCUCAGUAAAUAGAUCUCUUUGUAUGUGGUGCUAAAGUAUUUAUUCAAGGUGCUGGCCCAGAAAAGGGGAGUGAAGUGUUCCUUCUCAUGCCUGAAAGGGCAGGGGCUGCCUGCUGGAGAGCACUGAUGCCCAGUUUGUUUGCCCUCAUGCUGAGGGCACUGAGGACUGGCAGUGCCACUUCUCAGCCCUGGAGGCCAUGGGAUGACCAGCAGGGUCUCUCCUCAGCACCAGUGCACCAGAAUUUUGCCAACCCAAAGGAGCACUUGAGGGGCAACAGUCUUUCUAAAGAGGCUCAGUCUUCCGAAAGCUGUCGGAGAUUUUUUUGGGGGCUGCUGCUGUGGUUGCUGCCUGCCAACAAAGAUGUGUUCCAGGACAGCCCAGCACAGCACAUGAAGGUGCUGGUAGCAAACCUUCCUGGUGAUUGAUGCCCACGCUCCUCUUGUGCACCCUUCAGCAACCAUCUAGAUGAGGAGCAAGAGGGCUUCCAGCACCCCUGUUUUCUCAGCCUUGCUGUUGGGGCACAGCCCUCCUGAUGACAGCCUUGCUGAGUCACCGAGGAAAGAAGGAUCCUUGCAGAAUUGUGGGCUGGGAGACACAGAGGCUGCUCCCCUGCCCUGGUGCAUGCAGCAGGGCAGGUCACAGCCCAGGAAAAGUAAUGAGCAGUAAUCACCACUUUUCCUGGUGAACAGAUAGGAGGCAAAUCCUGAAAGGGCUUGUUUUCAUGUUGCAGCAAGGAGUCACGGGGUGGAAAGGGCUGAGAGUCGCUGCAUUAGAGCAUGCUGGAGAAAUGAGUCUGGCACAGCUGACGGCAGCGUGGCCCUCGCAGCCCCUGGCAGUUGCACCGGCUGAAAGUCUGCAUUAGGCUGCCUUUGCUCCUCUACUUCAUCCCUCUUGUCCUACUCUUUGACCUAUUUUCUCUCACUGUUAUCUAGUAAUCUAUUUCUUAAAGGCUCAGCCCAGUCUUUCCUGCUGGUUGCAGCUGAUCCACCUCGCUGCUAGCCUGUGAAACCAGCACCUCCUAAAGAAACAUCUCUCUGCCAAUUACUCCAAAAGCAUGGAUUCAGCUCAGCGUGAGAGCUUGAUUGAAGCCAGUUGGCUGCGCCAACAGGACAGGGAUGGCUCAAGAGAGGCUUAGUACCAAGUUUGGAAACUCUAAACAGAUUUCUUCAGUCUUUCCUCCAUCCAUGCUCAACUGGAGCCAGCAAAGUCAGAAAAAUAGCAAUAUUUUACCUAAGGGAGGACUUAUCCCACAGCUCUGCCAUGCCCCUGGAAAGCCCACAGAAGGGAAGGAGAGAGUUGCACGGAAAACUGCAGGAGGCAGACGCAGACUUCUGCUCUGAGCCUGCCUUUCUGAGACAGAGGGUUUGAGGUUUUCCAGCGAGCUUGAGGAGCAAAUCCUAAGCCCUGUGAUUUCUCAGGCAUGUGCCCUUGCCCUGGGCACCUCGAGUAUGUGCACCCAGAGCACUGCACAGAGGCCCGGCCCUGGGGCAGGUGUGCCUGUGGCUGGAGCAUCGCGAGCCAAGGGGGAGGACGGAGGAGGCGAGCACGCUGGAUCACCACACCAAAUGUCUGCUCUGCUCGUGUGCAGUCUCUCUGGCCCACAGCCUUUUGGCUCGCCCCACCUGCCUUUUUUCCCUUUUUUUUCCCCUUUCCCCCAGCUGAACUGGCAGAGAGGAGGUUGCAGCUCCUUUCAGUCCCUGCAGCUUUCCUGUCUGGCUGACGCUGUGCCCUGGACACAGAUGUCUGCUUAAAUAUGGAUCCUGCGAGGCACAAGUUACGCUUGCGGGAAGAGUGUGGAGAGGGAAGACGCUGUGAUCCGUAGGUGGGCUGUGAAUUGCUGCCGUCCUGUGCAAGAGUGAAAUAACAAUAACAACUAACAUUAUACUGCCUUAAACAGUGGUUGUUUAGAAAGAAGAUUUCGGUACAUUUUCACAAUUAAUUAUUUAUCCAGGCAGCUACUUCGUUUAAAAGCAUCCCGUCUACAUAGCUCACCCUCUGUGAGCUCAUUAAUGCUCGAGCUGUGUCACCUCAGGCUAACCUGGUGGCUGUUGAUUGAGUCCCGUGACAGCUGUUUGCAGAGGUUUGCCCUGCUCCCUGCCAGCAGCCUGCCUUCCUCCUCCAAAUUGCCUCUCCAUUCCAGGCAGGGUUCAAAUUUCUGAGUGAACACUAUCCUGGGCAAAAUGGUUGGAUUUCUAAGAGCAAUAGGUAAGGCAUGACAGAUAACAUCCUGCACACCCCCAGGAGUGCUCCUGCAUGUUACAGCUUGAAGGUGUUGGUCAAGGUGAACCCUGCACCGAGCCCAUAAACGUUUAAGUCCCAGAACAAAUGUUUGGGGGUGUACAAACAUGUUAAUGACCUCCAGUUAAUUGGCAGUCAAUUACCUUGAAGUAAAAAUAGCUUUCUCAUUGCUGAGCAGUCACAAGAGCGUAUGUUCCCCUAUGAGCACUGAAAUUUUUGGCUAAGGAGCCUUGUCCAACUUGUCUUCUGGAUCCCGGCAGGUCUGUUAUCAAAAGUUUGUUGUCCCCAGCACCAACUGCUGUUUGUUUUUGGUAGAGACUCAGCAAACAGAGCUGUCUGCCAAAGCUAAUUUUUACACUGCCCUUUAAUAAAGUUCUGCAGUUCAUAAUGCAAUGAAAAAGUAAGAUCAUACUGACUGGCAAAAGCGUGCAAUUCAGCAAGCGAAAGUACCUGCUGUGUGCACUAUAAAGGAACUAUCAGUGAAAGCUAGGUAAGUAUUUUUAACCUAAAGACAGCUUGGCAGGUUAUAAUGUGUCUCCUACCAAAUUUCGAAUCUUUCUGAUCCUUUGCAUGACAAAAAUACACAGCUGGACUGAUUUCAUCAGAUGUGUAUUGCAGCUGAGAACAAGAGGCCUGCACCUAACACAGCUCUUGGUACUCAAGUAGGACCUGUGGGCAGAUGUUUGACCUGUUGCCUCUCUGCCACCUACAAAAGUCAGCAGCAUCUUUUCAGGAGGUCUCCAGUCCAUGCAAACCAUCAGCUUCUCUUAGAACUUGGAUCAAGUCCUUGACAAUACUUUGGGAAAAAAAAGGCCCAGAUUUUCCUGAUAUGUAAUGAAACCACACCUGGGUUUCAUUCCUGGAAGAGAUUGUCACAGCAUUUCUAGGAAGGCAAUAACUGGGCACACGUGAGUCUGUCACUGAAGUCCCGUGACUCUGGGGCUUGUGGUGGCCGAGAUGAGCUGGCACGUGGUGCAGGGUGGUUCCAGCUGCAGAGCCACAUCUGCUCCAUGUGCUCCACAGUGUCGUGUGGCAGCGAGUGAGGUACUAGCUGCCUGUGCCAUCCCUGUCUCCAGCUGCUCCUGGCCAUCCCUCUCUCCAGGCAGUGUAAUGUCGUGCCGAGAGGAGGGAAGCAGGUGACACUGGGAGCCUCAGGACAGCCAGGGUAUCUGGCACCUGUACAGAUUCCUCUGGAUGCUGCAGUGUGGUGCAGGGUCAGUCCACAAAAAUCUUUCCAAAGCAGCCGGAGGUCUCUGCCUUGUGUCCUGGAGGAGUGAGGGAGUGGCAGACGGAAAAAACAAAACUAGCAAAGUGCAUUUCACAAUCCUGGCAGCAGUACUCGGCAAACAGAGGAGCCACAAUGAUGGAGUCUCAGAUUGCUCUCCCUGUGCAGCCUGGCUUUAGGAACUUUGGUGUUGUUGUGAGGCUUGAAAGGGCUCCUGUUCCCUCUGCUGGCUCCUAUGGCCUUGCAUUUGGUAUCCUCAGGUGUUUCAAGCAGGAGGAGCUGUAAUGAGUGCAGAUACCAGAGCUUUCCAGGAAACAUUCAGGUACAAGUGCAGCUCUGUUCACUGUAGCUGCCUUGAAUUAAAGUUCUGUGCCUGUAGUGGCAGACAAAUUUGCUGGCAAACAUUUUGAAAAAAAAAAAAAAAGAAAAAGGCAUCAAUCCAGAAAGGCACUGUGCACAAACUAAGCUUAGUAUAAGUGAGUACACCUGUGCUCGACACCAGGCACGUGAUGAAUGCUCUGCUACAUCCUAGCCAAAAUAAAUUUAAAAUGAAUAUCGGCGUGUACUGGUGGAAGCUGAAUGUUGGUCUUGUAAGCAGGACCGCAUGUGGCAGAAACAGGAUCCUCCGGCUCCGCGUGUCAGCUGGGGAUAUCCACAGGAGAGAGGGUCACGUGUGCUCCUCUCAAGCUCACCAGCAGAGCUGGUGAAAACAGGUUUUGAUUUGAAUGAGUUAUGACCCAUUGAAAAUGGCAUCAUGUGUAACCACAGUAAAUUGUCAUAAUGAGAUCACGAGGCUCGAGAAGUGAGCGGCGAGCAAAGAGGCUGCGUUCCACCGGCGCCCAUGGCUGCCAGCCCGGGGCUGCAAGAUGCAACCCGGGGACAUGCUCCUGCUCCCUAGGCAUCUUUGGUAAUUUAGGGACAGGACCAGGGGUUGCAUAGUCAGACAAAAACUCAUUGGAAGUUUUGAGUUAAAAAGAAGAAAAAAAGCUAAAAUUCAUACAGCUUUGCAUUUAGUCUUAUCCAGAGUAACAGAGGGGACUGGGCUAACACAAAGAGUGGACAAACAUGAGUACUGUUAGUGCUGCCAUGCUCACUCAGGCUUAGCCUAGCUGUUUCUAAAUCAUGCUGCUGUAGGAGGGGAGGGUUUGGUGAUCAGGACAGAGCACUACAGAGGUGAAAGGAAGUCCUCCUGGAAGCAUGAUAAAGCCUUGGUGUAUCCCAGGUUCACAGCUCUGCCGGACCAGACCUCCUGGACCCUGCUCAGGCAUGGCUGCCCUGGGCUGCCCAGCUGUAAAUGCUGCAGAAUCAUCACUGCCCUCUCUAUUUUCAUUGGAAAAAUAGAGGCAAAGUCUAAGACUAUGAUCAGUUUGAUGGACUUAAAUCUUUACCAAAUACCUGGACAAGAUAAGUAGCAGAGCUCCUGCCUUCCAGGUGUCUUGUGGGGGGACUUUGGCAAGAGCUCCUUUCUGUUCCUCCCGACACAGUGCUAUUUGCGUGGGGCCAUUCACAGCUCAGGGGACUGGAAGAAACACACUCAUUCUGCUUCUCUUCUCAAGUUAUCAAGUGCACGUGGCGCAGCCACAUCCUCCCGCUGCCCGCGAGGUGCAGGGCAGAGGUAUGUGUGCAUGCUGCCCACUGCAGGACCUGCUCUGUUCCCUUGGUCUCAGGGCAAAGCAGGUUGCUUUCCACGUGGCUGCCACUCCUCCUAGUCUAGUCUUGCACCCUUCUGUCUCCUCUGUCUGUUAAGCACACAAAUAUCUGUGCCCCUGAGCCAUGGAGACAAUUCGGGCUCGUGCGGAUACACAGCACCUUCCUGACUCAUGUUGACUGUUUACAGUGGUUUGGUCAUGGCUGAAUUCAUAGUCUGAGUCCAUGGACAAAGAAACACCCAGCUCAGUGCUGUUCCAGGCAGUGCAGGUUAGCCCUUGGCUCCGGGGUUGUGCUUGCAUUUAUCCAAGAUGCGCAGUCUGAACAGCACAUUGAAGCCUAAGCCAUUCCCAGGACCCCACAUCUCCAGUUGUGGACAGCUGGCUCCAGGUUCUUCUGCUCUUCCAGUAGAAGUGCUUGAGGCUGAUCUGGAAGGCUCUUGUCUUGUUUUCCUGGUGCUGCCUUGCUGACAUUGCUGCAAGGACAGCCGAAAUAGAUGGAGACCAGCCAAGGUGAAGAGACAGAGGGGAAAUGUGUCCCUGCAUACAUUUAAGAACAAAGCACGGGGAGCACUGAGGAUUUCCUGGUGUACCAGAGGAGUCUUCCCAGUGAGGGCAUUUCUGCCUGCCAGAGCUACGGGUGAAUGUGCCAGCACUGCCCACACUGCAGUACAGGUGCAGCUGUGGGGAGCCCAGAUUUUCCAGUUGGUACCUUCUCUGUAGCUAAUGAGAACCAAGAAUAAAACUGCUUGUUUGAAAUACUUUCUGAAUUUACUGCUUUAGCUCACUUGCUAUGUGUCACCCACUGAGCAAAAGUCCUUCUGAGCUUUCAUUCUCUAGUCUCAGCUUAGUAGCCCUGCAUAAACCCCUACUAACGUGCCUUAUUUUU